AAUCGAAAAUUAAAGUUAGUAUGGUUGUUGGACCAAAGAUUUUAAUUAUGGUUAACGGGACUUUCUGUUACACUGGUGUCCUCGAGGGUGGAAAAUUAAUUACCCGUUCUUUUCUUUCUUUUAACCAUGAUAGCAGCGGUUUAAAUUAGCUGACGUGUUAAAUUUUUAUUGGACUAGUUGAUAGACUAAGAUGCGUAAUAAUUUCUCCGUCCGCGACGCAGGCUGACCCAGGAUCCUCCCGGAGACCUCGCGUCGUCCCGCACAGGCGAGGCUUCGGUUUUUCCCAGCCCGGCCGCGGGGAUCUCUCGCCGCUCGGCUGGCUUCCGAACCACUCCCAGUUGGCGAGUCCGCCGGAUCGACUCGCCCGACCCGCGGAGUCGAGGUCGAUCAAGGGCCGGGUCAGGGAGAGAAGAGUCGGAGGCGUCGCAUUGGAGUUGUGGACGGUUAAUCGGUGCUAAAGGACAACGCAAGGAGAGAUGUAUAUCUUAAAAAGCCCGUGGAGUGUAGAAAGAGCCAAAAUUCUGGCCGUCCUAGGCUCUAGAAAAUGCCGACCGGUCUUACCCAAUCCCUUGAUAUUUCCAAACGGAGACAUUUGAAUAAUAUAACCCACCGAGAACGAUUAGCUGAUUCAAAUCCUUGGCGAACAUGGGAGAACUGCAAAAUCUAGUUUGAGUAAGGCCAAGAUCUUGGUCAUAAACAUCAGCUGCAGUCCUGAUCGAGAACGCAAAAUCUAGUCUGAGUAAGUUUGGGCUCAAACAUGGCAGUCCAGCAAGAGAAGGUUUAUGUUGCUGUUGGGAAGGAUCUACAGCAAGGACUUGGAACUUUAGGGUGGGCUCUUAGGAACUGGUCUUCUCAAUCCGUUUCCUUUGUGAUCCUGCAUGUUAGUGUGUCGAAGGAUUUGAUAUACACCCCAUUUGGGAAGCUUCCAACCAGUUCGGUGAAUGAUGAGAUGUUGGAGGAUCUUAGAAUGAGGGAGAAAGAUACAGUGGACAAGCUCUUGGGCAAAUACAUGGCCUUUUGUAGCAAGGUUUUAUGUUCGACUGAUUCUGAUGCAACUGCUUAUAAAUUACUGGGUUGCAUUCUACACUCAUCACCAUUUAUUGGUGUUCACAGGUGAAACCAGAAGUAUUGAAGAUCGAGAGAUCUGAU